UUGGAAACCAUCCAAGGAGUGAAGGCCAGCCUCUACGUGGCCAUGAAUGGUGAAGGCUAUCUCUACAGUUCAGAUGUUUUCACUCCAGAAUGCAAAUUUAAGGAAUCUGUGUUUGAAAACUACUAUGUGAUCUAUUCUUCCACACUGUACCGCCAGCAAGAAUCAGGCCGAGCAUGGUUUCUGGGACUCAAUAAAGAAGGUCAAAUUAUGAAGGGAAACAGAGUGAAGAAAACCAAGCCCUCAUCACAUUUCGUACCGAAACUUAUUGAAGUGUGUAUGUACAGAGAACCAUCACUACACGAAAUUGGAGAAAAACAAGGGCGUUCAAGGAAAAGUUCUGGAACACCAACCAUGAAUGGAGGCAAAGUCGUGAAUCAAGAUUCAACAUAGCUGAGAACUCUUCCCUUCUUCCCUCUCUCAUCCCUUCCCCUUUUCUUCCCUCCCAUUUACCCAUUUCCUUCCAGUAAAUCCACCCAAAGGAGAGGAAAAUAAAAUGACAAUGCAAGACCUAGAGGCUAAGAUUCUGCACUCAAAAUCUUUCUUUGUGUAGGACAAGAAAAUUGAACCAAAGCUUGCUUGUUGCAAUGUGGUAGAAAAUACAAAUGCACAAAGAUUAGCACACUUAAAAACACAGGAAAAAAUGAAUCAGGACUCCACAAACAUUAAAUUAAACUGUAUUGUUAUGAGUAGAGAGCUAACUGUAAUUAAGACAUCAAUAAAGAUGAAAUAAAGUUAUUACUUUAAA